AUCAAUACACAGCCUUUGGUCAUUUCCACAAAUUAAUCGAGAAUUUUUUUAUUUUAUUCAUCCUCUUCUAUAUCUCUCUCAUCUUUUCCUUCCUCUCAUCUCCAUCUUCUCUCUCUAACAUCAUAUUCCUAGCUAGAAAUUUAUUUUUGGUGUAAACCUCGCAAGAAAGUUAUAGACCUUGUUCAAGAGAAAGGUAGAGAAGGGUUAGGAUUAGUGUGAGAAGGUCUCGUUAAGCUGAUCCUUUAGGACAAUCGAGUUCAACAAAUCAAUGGUGGAUUCACAGCCAAUCAGACAAGAGGAAGAAGCAACCCAAACAGCCUCUACUCUCCAUCACCAAAUGAUUCCUUCCGAGUUAACUCCAGACGAGUUCGCCGAGUUAACCGACUCAAUCACCGAGUUCCACACCUACCAACUCGGUCCGGGACGCUGCUCUUCCCUCCUCGUCCAACGCAUCAAAUCUCCGCCGGAAACCGUCUGGUCCGUCGUGAGACGCUUCGACCGGCCUCAGACUUAUAAACACUUCAUCAAAAGCUGCUCCGUCGACGAAGGGUUCGAGAUGCGAGUGGGGUGCACGCGCUACGUGGACGUGAUCAGCGGGCUUCCGGCGAACACGUCGAGGGAGAGGCUCGACCUGCUCGACGAUGAUCGGAGAGUGACGGGGUUUAGCAUCACCGGAGGCGAGCACAGGCUGAGGAACUACAAGUCGGUGACGACGGUUCAUGGGUUCGAGAGAGAAGGACGGAUCUCUUCCGUUGUUCUUGAAUCGUACGUCGUUGAUGUGCCGGCAGGGAACACGGAAGAGGAUACUCGUUUGUUUGCUGAUACUGUGGUUAAACUGAAUCUGCAGAAACUCGCGUCGGUUGCUGAAGGGAUGGAUCGUAAUUCCGGCGACGGGAGAAACUCUCCGGUGAUGUGAAAUGUUGAUGGAGUGAAAUAAAUAAAUACGACAAAAGUUUGGGAAUAUUCUUCGUUUUUCUCUUUUUAAUUGUAAGGGUAAUAUUUCAUUUGAAAGAACAUUCUUACUGAAUUGUAAUUGGCUCCUUUGAUUAUUGUCAUGUUUUCAUUUUUAUCCCU